AUAAUUUAUUAUAUGCUUCAACUUUAAAAUUACCAGGUUUAAAUUGUGACAGACUAAAUAUUAACAUUAAAUAUAAGGACAUAGGAACAAGUUCACAUACCCCAUGAAAAUUAUUAUUCUGACCACAUUUUUCAGGUCUUAAUCAAAAUUAACAAAUUUGGGCCCACCAAGGUCCAGCUGGGUUCUUAUUAGGCUUAUAUCGCAGCUGGGCUCUCUUCUUCUCUCCUACUUGCUGCCGUGUUGAAGAUUGAACCAAGAGGGAGGCUGGGCUGCCGUGCUGAAGCUUGAACCAAGAGGGAGCUGCCGCUUGAAUGAAACUAAGGAGAAGAAGACCAAAAAAAAAAAAGGGGUCGGGUUAGUUACUUUAGGGCUUAGAAACUUUUGCAGAUUUUAUUUAUUUAUUAAAUUAUUUUUUUAAAAAUCUCGGUCGGGUUUCGGGUUACACCCGAACCCGAUAGCACAUAAUUCAUAAACCCGAACCCGACCCGAUUGUUUCGGGUUCGAGUCGGGUUAGACCCGAUUUUGUCGGUUUUUUUGAAAAAAACGGGUUCUCCGGGUUCGGGUCGGGCGCAUUUUGCGGGUUUUCGAGUUUUGCGGGUCCUGUGUGCACCCCUACUAAAAAGUAAAGCGUGGUUGCUCAAUCCAGCAGCAAGGUUGAAUAUUGCUCUCUUGCUUUGGCAACUGCUGAAGUCAUGUGGUUAUAGUCUCUACUCAUUGAAUUUCAACUUGCUGCUUCUCCUUGUCCGAUCCUCUGGGGUGACAACUUAGGUGCCAGGUCCCUUGCAUCCAAUCAUGUGUUUCAUGUCCGAAUGAAACACAUAGAAAUUGAUCUUCACUUUGUCCGUGAUCAGAUUCUUGCCAAAGCACUUGACAUUCGCUAUGUCCCUUCUCAUCUUCAGCCUGCAGAUUUGCUCACAAAGCCCAGUUUCAAAGUCUGCAUCCCAAGCUGACACUUAGAAUUCCCCGUGUCACUUGAGAGGGAUGUUAAUGACUUGUAACAGACGUGUUGCUUUCAUUACUUUUCUGUUGUAAUUUUCUGAUUCUUGUAUUCUUUCCGCUUCUCUCUUGUAACAGCUGUAUAUUUUUCUAAUACAAGUAUAUAAGCCUAGUCUCAAGCCCUUGAAGGGUGAGCUUGUCAUUUUUCACUCAUCUUCACAUUCUUUCAUUCAUUCUCAUCACAUUUUCUCAGUUUCUCUCUAUUCCUUUUUCUUCUCUGCCAUUGCUCUGUUCUAUCAAAUUCCAAUUCAUGUCUUCCCUUAUAGGUACAAGGCUACUCAUAUACUAAACGUACUUACUAUUAAUAAUAAGUUUAUUUGUAUAGACAAAAUUCCACCUUAAAUCUGACCUUUUCAAGGAGCAGUGGUAUUUUGUAAAAAUAGAAAAAAAAAAUAGAUCAGAUAUGUAAAAAACAUACUAAAUGAGAGAAACGUCUUAAUCAUUCACAAAUAGAUUGAUGAGAUGAGACAAAUCAAAUAAGAUGUUUUUUAAAAAAAAAGUUGCAGAGUAUAUGUAUAUAUAUAUUUGUGUGUAUCAAAAAAGUUGCAGGGAUUUAGAUCAGUAUUUGCUUGCAAUUAGUAAGAGUCGCAAAGCACAGCAACUAAUCGCUACCCCUACAUGGUUGGUAUUGGUUCGAAUUCAGUUUGGAUUGGUGCGAUUUUUAUUUUGAAAAAAUGUGUCUACCAGAGGAUAGGUCACGUAUGGCUUUUCUCAUAUUGUUAAUGAAGCAAAUUUUUUUGGCUUCAAAAAGAGCUGAUUAAUAGAAGUACAGCCGAAACAGGCUUUUUCUGUAAUUGAUACGAGGUGUAGUACUAUGCAUUCUUCAAAAUGGGCUCUCGUGGAUUAUAUUCGAAGAUGCAAUAACUGGAGAUCUUUCAAGCAAAUCCAUGCCCAAUUAUUAACAACGGGUCUAGUUUAUAAUGACUUGAUCACUAACAGUCUUGUCGACUACUUUGGCAAAACCAUUGCUGAUGUUGAUUACGCCUGUGAUUUGUUGAAACAUUUGGAUUGGCGGUCAAGCUCUUUCCCUUUCAACACCCUAAUUUCUGGGUAUGCCGGAAGUGACGUGCCAAGGGCAGCGGUUUUGGUAUAUAGACGAUUAGUGAGAGAUGGAUUUGUACCUGAUACUUUUACUUUCCCGCCUGUUCUGAAGUCAUGUACUAAAUCUCUGGGAAUGGGAGAAGGGAGACAGUUCCAUGCAGUGAUUUUCAAUAUGGGUUUUUCAAGUCAUGUGUAUGUGCAAAACUCGCUAGUGCAUAUGUAUGGUGUUUGUGGUGAUUGCAAAGGUGCUGCCAUAAUGUUUGAUGAAAUGCUUGUGAGAGAUGCGGUCUCUUGGACGUGUCUGCUAUCUGGGUUUGUAAAAACUGGGUUGUUUGAUGAGGCCAUAGCUUUGUUCUUAAGAAUGGACGUUGAGCCUAAUGUGGCCACAUUUGUUAGCAUACUUGUGAGCUGUGGCCGAAAAGGGUAUUUGAAUUUGGGGAAGGGGAUUCAUGGACUGAGUUUCAAGCGUCCUGUCGACACUCCUUUGCUCUUAGGUAAUGCUUUGAUGGAUAUGUAUGUCAAGUGUGAGCGUUUGUGUGAAGCCAAGCAAACCUUUGAUGAACUCUCAGAGAGGGAUGUAGUUUCCUGGACAUGCAUCAUAAGUGGAUUGGUGCAAUGUGAACGUCCCAAGGGAUCAUUGGAAUUGUUCUGCGAGAUGCAGCAAUCGGGAAUUCAACCUGAUAAACUUAUACUUACAAGCGUGCUCUCUGCUUGCUCCAGUCUUGGGGCUCUUGAUUAUGGCAGAUGGGUCCACGAGUAUAUUGAUCGUAGGGGCAUCAAAUGGGAUAUUCAAAUAGGGACUGCUAUGAUUGACAUGUAUGCAAAAUGUGGCUGUAUAAAGAAGGCAUUGCAAACUUUCAACGAAAUGCCUAGUAGGAAUAUCGUUACAUGGAAUGCCUUGCUGAGUGGUUUGGCAAUGAAUGGGCAUGGGCACAAGGCACUAGGACAGUUCAAAGAGAUGAUAAGGUCGAACAUAAGACCAAAUGAGGUGACCUUUCUAGCAAUUUUAACAGCGUGCGGUCAUUCUGGCUUGGUUGAUGAAGGGCGUACGUACUUUCAUCAGAUGAUGAGGGAACCCUAUAAUGUUUUUCCACGAUUAGAACAUUACGGGUGCAUGGUCGACUUGCUUUGUAGGGCUGGACUCUUGGAUGAGGCCCAAAGAUUGAUAAAGUCUAUGCCCAUGCAGCCUGAUGUAUUAAUAUGGGGAGCUCUUCUUGGUGCCUGCAAGACCAUUGGAAAUUUUGAACUUUCUCAUGAUAUAUUAGAUCGCCUCCUAGAGCUUGAAUCUGAAGAUAGUGGGGUGUAUGUCCUCCUAUCAAAUAUAUAUGCUACUAAUAAAAGAUGGAGUGAUGUAACGAAGGUGAGGAGACUAAUGAAAGAGAAAGGCAUAAGAAAGGCACCGGGGUCGAGCGUCAUAGAGGUGAAUGGUAAAGCCCAUGAAUUUUUAGCUGGUGAUACUAGCCACCCUCAAAUUGAAGACACCCAUCUACUGCUCAGCCUUCUUGCUAAUCAAGUUUAUUUUGAAAGGAGUCUAUACCCUCAUUUUUGAGCAGAUAAGUUUAUACAUGCCCUGCUGCUAAGAUUUUUAAUUUUUUUUUCUACCCUUUCCUGGGUACUGUGAUUCUUUGUAAUUGUUACCCUUUUUUUUUAUCUAAUUAUAUAUCACACAGAUAAGUAAUUUUUCAUAUUUUGCAAGGAGAACUUUGUGACUCUGUUCAUGGUCUUGUAAAAACAAUGAUUUGUGUUUGCAUGAGUAAUGCAUACAGAUAUAAUUGACUUGGUUUUUGUCAUCUACUACUGGUUUGGAGCUUCUAACUUGAGCAAACUUUCUCUUUUUGGACAUUCCAACUCGUCCCUUCUCUUGCAGUAUUUGUUUGAUAAAAUAUCCCAUGGAAAGUGUGUUGUGGGUACAUUUAUCAAUACAUAAGAACCACUUUUCACAUUCUAAUAGUAUUAGAUGAUAUAUGCUCGUAGCUAAAUUUAUCAAGAUAUAUGGUCAGCUGAUCCAUUUCUAUGUCCAUGGCACCCAACAUGAACUUCUCUGUAGGUUCCUACUUCCUUGGUCCAUGUCUUAAACUUUGCUUAUGGAUCCGGAGCUUUAUUUUUUAGUUGGUGAGGUACGUAUAAUAAACUUUGUUUUUUUAUUUAAUGUUGGCGGAGGCCUCUUUUAUAUAUUUCUUUAUUUUUUAUUAUGAUUGCUUACUAGUAUGUAUAAAAAAAAACAGAAAGGGAAACUGAAUUGUAUUCUAGAAGCAAAAAACAAAAUAUAAACUAAUUAGAUUUGUUUUGUCGGAAUCUUCAUGCCACUACUUGAAGGUAUACGAGUAAUUGGAGCAAUUGAAUUUUUGUUGAGAAACUAUAUACAUUUUUUUUUCCACAACGAACCAUUGCUUUUAAAUUUUUGUUCUAAGAGUAGAUGAUUGUAUUUGUUUUUUCCUCUCUUACGAAAAUGACAUUGAAUAAAAUAUGUAGAUGGAAACAAGAUAUAAUCUAAAUAUUCAUAAACUAAUAGAGAAAAAUCUGUGUUUGAGCUCUGUGUAUGAAUAAGUCAUAAGUUGAUUGGCUAGUGUAAUAAAUACAUGAUUGCGCUCGUG